UAACCAAGUGCACAAUCAUCAGCAGUCUCCACCUAGUAGCUGCCACUCCGCAGUUCCUCAGACAGAUGAUGAAAAUCAAAGUUUCUUCUUUUUCCAGUUUCUCAACAACUGAAAGUAAAAGUUGCAAUAAUUAAUUUUUAACCCUUGUUCAUUUGCAAUAAAGCUUGUUGUUAACCUGUUGUUUAUGCAUGUGAACGGUAGGCGUAAUGAUUAAUUUUACAAAAAUAGUUUUAAUAAUAACUAUUCAGGUAAUUGGAUUGUCGUCAAUAUCAUUGUCAUCUCCGUUGUCUUCAUCUGUGUCAUCCAAUUGUUCAAUUUUACCGGGAUGUGAAAGUGAAGGUCCACUUUGCUCAUCAGAGGGUAAAACCUACAAAACCAAAUGUGAUCUACUUGUUGAUCUGUGUAAAAGACCUGGUAUCUUAAUUGUUGCUAAAUAUCCUUGUUCUACUUGUUUACUUGAGAGAAGUGCUAAUCUUGCUGUUAAAUUGGAAUCUGACCAUCAAUCAGGCAAAGAGAUUUUAAUUCCCGAAUGUGAUUUAACCAAAGGGUUGUACAAAGCACAACAAUGCCAUAAAGAAACAGGUUAUUGUUGGUGUGUAGAUGUAAAUAAUGGUAAACCAAUAUGGAAAACUUCUGCCAAAGGUGAUAAAGCUUCAACGGAUUGUGAUAUUUUGGCAAGGAAAAUAAAUCGUAAACGAAGACCAAGACGAGAUAAGAAGAAAUGUACAAGAGCCGAGAAAAAUGAGUUGAUUAAAGAUUUAAUUAAUCUUUUCUCGACUGAAUAUGAGAAACAAUUUAAUCAACAAAAAGCAGAUUCACAAACUUUAAUCAAAUAUAAGUUUGCAUCUUUAGAUAUCAACAAGGAUGAACAAAUAAAUCGUCGUGAGAUGAAAGAUCUGAGAGAAUCAGUCAAUAGAAAAGCAGGACAAAACAAUUGUGCUGCCUCAUUUUUUAAAGUUCUGGACAAUAACUCAGAUAAAAAAAUUUCUCUAUCUGAGUGGACUUCAUUCUUUACUAACCAACGACCUGUAAAUGAUCGUUCUGAUAUUGCUGAAUCCCGGAAAGUUCAAGCACGUCCAUCUGAUGUUGCAUUGUGGUCAUCAAAUAUUAGCUCUGUUCAUGGACUGUUACUUUUAAACCAAAAACCUAAGUCAGAAACUCAGGAUAAUAAAGAUGAAGAUACCGAAGACGAAGGUGACUCUGAUGAUAAUGGAUUUAGUAUCGAAUCUAUUGCAUUUAAACCAAACUGCAGUGAAUCAAGACAAAUUGCUUUGAAAAAUUCGGCAAAUUUUUCUCAUUCAAAGACUCUCAUCCCAUCAUGCAAUAACCAAGACUCAUUUCUUUACAAUGAAGUACAAUGUCAUGAACUACCUGGAUUUUGUUUCUGCGUUCGACCCAGCUCAGGUCAAUUAAUUCCUGGUAUAUCUUCAAAGCUUCCUGCUAAACCAGACUGCAGUCAACGUAUGAUACGGAAAAGGUUGUCUAACCCAAGAAAAGGCUGUUUUCCUCAGAAAGCUUUGCGUUUCAAGCAUUUUUUGAUAAAAAAUUUUCGUGAAGAGUAUAAACGUGAAAAUCCAAAUGAUCGAAAUUUUGAAACGUCAACCCUGAUUUCUUGGAAAUUCAAUAAAAUUGACCGAGAUGCCAACCGAUUAAUUGAAACUAGUGAAUGGGCUGGCUUUGAAUUGAGUCUCAAAUCGCUAAUUUCAAGACUACAAAACUUCAGAAGAUGUGCUCGCAAUUUUGUCCAGAGAGACUGUGAUUCCAAUCAAGACGGAAAGAUUGAAUGGAAAGAAUGGAAAUCUUGUAUAUACGCUCCUGACACUCGUCGAGAUACCUCGCAUUCAUCAUUAUCGACCACGACUGCACCAUUGAAAAUGGCUGAACCAUCGACAUCACCAACUUUAGACUCACCCUCACAUUCACCACAAACCAAGCAAAAAUCUCAAAUCGAUGUUCAAAAACGUAAAGGUCGAAAUCCGUUUCUUCCUAUUUUAAAAGGAGAUUAAUAUUUCAUCAUCAAAAUUUAGCAACAACAAAUCGUGGAUUUUAACUUAAAACAAUAAAAAUAUCAAAUACAUUUAUCAUUUUAAUUUGUAAAUAACAAGAUUUUAAUUGUGCCAUAUAACGAAAUACGAUGCUUAUUUCUUAGUAUUAUUCUGCAUUAUUAAAUAUAAUCACUUUUUUUCAAA